AUGUUGCAGGACUUUGACAAGGCCCUCAAGGCCAAGCCCAAGGCAAAGGCCAAAGCGAAGGCGAAGGCAAGAGGCGCACCAAAGGCCAAGACAGUGCCGCCGGUGAAGAGCCAGCAUCUGUUUCUGGACCACGCCAAGAAGAAGGAGUUUGACAAGGUCAUGAAGCUUGUGAAGGAGAAUCCCGGCUAUGUCAACGUCCAGCCUGCUGGCCGCUGGACGGCCUUACACCAGGCCGCAGAGGCGGGCGACAAGAAGGUCGUGAAGUUUCUUCUGGAGCAGAAGGCGGACGUCACUCUCCAGACCAACGAUGGACAGCGGCCCAUCGACAUCGCCAAAGCCAGCGUGAAGGAUCUGCUCAAGUUGCCGGUGAAGCGGAAAGCCGCCGCCAUCGACACGUCGAAAGGCCCAAGGCUGCAUCUUUUCGAGCCCAUGUCGGCCAUCGAGCUUGCAGAGACGCAAGGUGGAUGGAUGGCCGGCGACGAGGAGGUUUUCUGCGAGGAAGGCGUACAGCACCUCGACAUGAAGACAGCUCCGGCGGAAGCCAAGGCUCUGGCGCAGGAGCUCCACAAGGCAGUGAAGGGAGCAGUCCUCCCCGCUGGGGAGUCGGACGUUGAAGCUAUGGUGGUGGUGAUCUCCAACGCUGGCGACUGCACGGCCUCGGAAGCCAUCCUGCAGGCCCUUGCAGUCCUCGAAGAGGCAGAUGGCGAGGACUUGCAUGCACAGGCGGCGGCGGAGGAAGUGGACUUCAACGACAAGGAGGAGUUUUGCAAGGACCACCCUGAUGAGGACGAGGAGGAGGAGGAAGAGGACGAACACUCCGAGAAGAUCAAGAGGAUAAAGAAGCUCAAAGCCUUUCAGCUUCUUGAGAUGAAAAAGAUGCACGCGUCCGCCUUGCGGGACUCUAUCGCAGACAGUGUUGGAGAUGUGCCCUCGUCGUCUGCGCAACAUUGGAAGAAGAAGAAGCGACAUCCUGUGCAACUGCUAGAGCCUGCUCCCUUACUGGAGCAUCUCCAGGCUUGUGCCGUGAUGAAAUUUGAGGUUUUCGACUUUAUCCAGAAUCAAGACAAACCAGGUGAAAUCCAACUUUUCCCCGACUUGAAAUGA